CCAGAACAUGCGCAGAUUCUAAUCGUCGCGGUAUUUAAACGAAACAAAUGCGCAGAUUGAGGUUAUUCUUGAUUACGCUAGUUAGAUGCUAGGGAUCAUGAAAGUUGUCAUUUUCGCUGUUAUUUGCCUAUCGGCAUUGGCCAUCGCCGAAGAAUCCUGCUACAAAGACAUCAACGAUGCCUGUAAAGCCACAAACAACAAAAAAAGUUUUAUUACCACUCCAAAAUGUAACGCAACUUAUGGAGCCAUCACUGCGGUUUUACCAGAUUUAAGAAACUACGCAGCUCAACACAUAACCCAUUCCUUCGAGUAUCUCCUUUUAUCAACGCAUUACGCAAAUUAUGAAAAGAAUCGUGAUGGUUUCAAGAAAUUAUUCCAAGAACUUUCUGAUGAGAAAUGGGGGGCUUCGAUUGAUUUAAUUAAAUACAUUGCACAACGUGGUGGUGAUAUGGAUUGGACGCAAAAUAUUAUUCCAAUGGAUAUGCCUUACGAUAUCUACGAACUUCCAGCUUUGGCUAAAGCUUUGGAUAUUGAAAAGGAAUUGGCGACCGAAGCUCAUAGGAUUCAUCGUGAAACAACUCGUAAACGCGAGGAAUAUCACGACCCUGAAAUUUCCGAUCAUAUCGAACACAUUUAUUCCCAUAAACAAAGGGACAAUAUCAGAAAAUUAGCUGGAUAUGUUUCCGAUUUAACCAAAAUUUUGGAUGGGCCCGAUAGUUCGCUUGGAUUGUAUUUGUUCGAUGAAUAUUUACAAAAACAAUAAAUAUUAUUGGUGCUGAAGACUUAGAUUUGUUCGUUCAAGAUUUAAAUAGGAAGUAAAAAUUAGUUUCCGUUAUCCGUUAUUAUAGUUCUUUUUGUGUAAUGUGAUAAUAAACCGGUUUAUAUCAAGUUAA